GCCCCCCUCCUCUCGCCAUCUCCCCUUCUCGCCCCCCCCCCUCCUCCUCUGCUGUUUCUCUGCCCUUGCCGCACCCUCGCCCACACCCGCGCGCGCUCCGACGCUCGCCCCCCCCCCUCUCCUCCCGGCACAUCGAGCCCGUCCCCCUGCCUUCCCUCCCUCUCCCGCCCUCUUUUUCUCCGGCCCCUCCCGUCCCCCGUCCGGGCGCCCUUUUCUUUACACCAUGGUCCUGUCGGCGGUUUUCAUUCUCGACAUCAAGGGCAAGGUCCUGAUCUCCCGCAACUACCGUGGCGACAUCAACAUGUCGGCCAUCGACAACUUCGUCCCCCUGGUGGUCGAUGCCGAGGAUGAGCCUCCCCCGGUCGUUGCCUCCGACGGCCUCCACUUCAUCUACAUCAAGCAUAAUGAUCUCUACCUGGUCGGCAUCACCCGGAAGAACACCAAUGCCGCCGCGCAGCUGGUCUACCUGCACAAGUUCCGCGCCAUCCUCGAGGAUUACUUCCGCACCCUGCGCGAGGAGUCCAUUCGCGACAACUUUGUCCUCAUUUACGAGCUCCUCGAUGAGACCAUGGACUUCGGCCACCCCCAGUUCACCGAGCCCAGCAUCCUGAAGGAGUACAUCACCCAGGAGUCCAAUGCCCUGGACAUCAUCACCGGCGCGGUUGGCCUUGGCUCCGGCAUCCCCUCUCAGGCCAGCACCCCGGGCGGCCCGCGCCCGCCGCAGGCCGUCACCAACGCGGUCUCCUGGCGCCCGGAGGGCAUCCGCCAUCGCAAGAACGAGGUCUACCUCGAUGUGGUCGAGUCCAUCAACCUGCUGGCCAACCCCGAUGGCACGGUCCUGCGCUCGGAGAUCAUCGGCGCCAUCAAGAUGCGCGUCCAGCUGAGCGGCAUGCCCGAGCUCCGCCUCGGCCUCAACGACAAGGUUCUUUUCGAGUCCACUGGCCGCUCCACCAAGGCCAAGGCUGUCGAGCUGGAGGACGUCAAGUUCCACCAGUGUGUGCGUCUGUCGCGCUUCGACACCGACCGGACCAUUUCCUUCAUCCCCCCUGAUGGCGAGUUCGAUCUGAUGACCUAUCGCCUGAACACUCCGGUCCGCCCGCUGAUCUGGGUCGAGAGCAUUGUCGAGACCUACUCCGGUACCCGUGUGGCCUACCUGAUCAAGCUUACCGGCCAGUUCCGUCGCCGGUCGACCGCCAACAGCAUCGAGGUGGCCAUCCCGGUGCCGGAUGAUGCGGACACGCCGAAGUUCCGCCCGGCUGUUGGCUCGGCCCGCUACGCCCCGGAGCGUGGUGCCAUCAUCUGGACCAUCAAGCUUCUGCCCGGUGGUCGUGAGACUGCCCUCCGCUGCAGCUUCGGCCUGCCGUCCGUUCGUCGCGCCGAGGACAUUGCCAAGCGGCCUCGCCCCAUCGGCGUCAAGUUCGAGAUCCCCUACUUCACCACCUCCGGUCUGCAGGUCCGCUACCUGAAGGUUGUCGAGCGCAGCGGCUACCAGGCUCUUCCUUGGGUUCGCUACAUUACUAAGAACGGCGACUACGAUAUUCGCAUGGCCGAGGCCGUUGCUGUUGCGGCCAACUCCGAAUCUGCCCUCAACAAUGCUGCUGCCUUUGCUGAGGGCAAUUAAAUGCUGCGAUCGCGUGGUGGACUCCGCCGCGGGGCCUCGAGAUUGGCGCCAGUGCCCGAUGUCUCCCCUCUUUCCUUCCUCACUACACACCCUCAUAUACAACCUCAUAUGCUCAUAACUUCACACGUGCACGUGCAUAUGCAUCCAUGCCGCCCCAUACACACGCACAUACGCACAUCUCCCGCCCAUAUGUGCCAAGGAUCCUGCCAUCCCCUCCUUGAGCCUUCAGAGAGGUCCCCAGUUUGAUUGCCAUCCAUGUGCGCCGCGCCUUUCUCCGCCUGCGGCAAUGUGCUCCCCUUCCGCUCGCCAAGCAAUAUAUAAAGCCUACC